CAGUAUUUAUCAAAAAAAUUAGGAAAAUGAAAAGAAAAACCUCCUUCCCAAGCAAAAGAUAGAGAUAUAUGCAACAAAGCUAGAACAAUCGCAGAGCAAAACCCACAACUCCCAAAAUUCACCAUUUUUAUAGGCCACUUUCAAGGAUCAAAUCCAAGUAAAAAAAAACCCAGAGACUACCGACUCUAAUUCCUCAAAAGAAAAUGGGCACGGUUUUUGGGAAGAUAAGCGUGGAAACCCCAAAUUACAAAGUCAUCCACUCCACCGCUCUCUACGAAAUCCGGCAAUACGCGCCGUCAGUAGUAGCCCAGUUCACCUACGAUCCUUCCGACCUCAAGGGUAACAAAGAUGGCGGAUUUACUGUCCUCGCCAACUACAUCGGCGCAUUGGGAAAUCCUCAGAACACCAAACCCGAGAAAAUCGCCAUGACGGCUCCGGUCAUAACCAAAACCCAAAACCCAGAAAGCGAAAAGAUCGCCAUGACGGCUCCGGUGGUGACGAGGGAGGAGAAGGGGAAGAGGAUGGUGACGAUGGAGUUUUUGCUGCCGGCGAAGUAUGGGAAGGCGGAGGAUGCGCCGAAGCCGGUGGAUGAGAGGGUGGUGAUUAGAGAGGAGGGGGAGAGGAAGUAUGGGGUGGUUGGAUUUGCGGGGGUGGCGACGGAGGAGGUGGUGGCGGAGAAGGUAGAGAAGUUGAAGGAGAGCUUGGAGAAAGAUGGGUAUAAGAUUAUAGGGGAUUAUAUUCUGGCUAGGUAUAAUCCGCCAUGGACUUUGCCUCCCUUCAGGACUAACGAGGUUAUGAUCCCAAUUGAGUGAUUUUUCAGAUUUUGUUUCUUGUUUGUCUGUAAGAUGCUCUGUUUUUUUUAACUAGUAUUAAAUAAAACAUGUAUUUUGUAAAGUAGACUAUUUUUUAUGCCAUGUUUACUAAUCCGUAAUCGGGCGAGGACCAAUUGUAUAAGGAAUGAAGAAGUCAUGAAUCGAAAAAGAGAAAGUAAGAAAAUAAUGGAUUCGUAGUUUGAUUCCC